GCGGGAAGCCGGGAGCGGGCUCUGGAGCCCCGCCGGCACGGGCGAUGGACGGGCUCUCCGGGGAGGACGCCGAGCCCCAGGGCGCCGCGUGGAGCGGGGACAGCGGCCACGUGUCCCAGAGCCAGAGCAGCGCGUCGGGGCCCUGGGAGGACGCGGGCCCCGAGCCCGGCGCGCCGGGCCGAGACCUGGCGCUGAUGCGGCGCGUGGCCGCGAGCUACGCCGCCUGCCUGCUCCCGGGGCCCGGCGCGCCGCCCGAAGUGCAGGCGCUGGACGCCGGCCUGGAGGAGCUGCUGGCGCGCGUGGACGAGUUCGUGGGCAUGUUGGACAUGCUGCGCGGCGACUCCUCGCACGUCGUGCGCGAGGGCGUGCCGCGCAUCCACACCCGGGCGGCCGAGAUGCGGCAGGUGUACGGCAAGAUCGACCGGCUGGAGGCCUUCGUGUCCAUGGUCGGCGCCAGCGUGGCCAGGCUGGAGGAGCAGGUGGUCCGCGCAGAGGCCGAGCUGGGCGCCUUCCCCAGCGCCUUCCGCAGACUCCUGCACUCCGUGAGCGUGCCCGCCCUCUUCCACCGGGCGCCCCCGGGCCGGACCUCGCCGGGCCGCUACGAGCCCCCCGCCCUGUUUCGGACCGAGGACCACUUUCCCGGGCUCAGCGAAGCACCCCAGGUCUGAGGGGGCCGCAGCUCACCGCAGAGGACCCGGUCUGAGCGGGCCCCUCGCCCGGCCCGCGCGAAGCUUGGGGCGG